GGGGAGACGACGAGUCUCUCCAGCUGGCUAUGUUAUACAGGGACGAAGUCCACGUAUUGAAGAGGAACUUCAAGACGGUUGGUGUUUCCAACCAAAAGAAACACGACGUCUGGACGAAGAUUACGGCCGACCUGAAUGGACAGUUCCACCAUGAGAGGACGGCCGUUGAGGUAAAGAAGCGAUGGUUCACCAUCACUUCUAAGUCAAGGAUGAAGCUGAAGAAAUUUCGAGAUCAUCGGAAUGGAACUGGUGGCGGCCCUCCACCCCCUCCCCUUGACCCCAUUGAUGAGCUUGUAGGGGACAUUUUGGGGCAAGACAGCAAGGUCAUCAUGGGGUUUGAGGAGAUUGAUGACCUUGGACAUCAAAGGACUGUCGACAUUGAAGACGCAGCAGAGCCAGCGAGCCAGCUCAUUGUAGGUCAGGGAGGUGCUGAGGCACCAACAGUAAUUGUGCCUGAGCCCACCCUGCAGCCACAGACUGAGGGGGGUGCCCGGGGGAAGGUGCCAACUGAGGAUGAUGCAGCAGCUGCUCAAGCAAAGGUGGCAGCUGUUGAGGAGGAAGCUGUAGCUUCAAGAGCUACAGCAGCAGCUGCACAGGCUGGGGAGGAGGCUGCACGGGCCAUGAAGGCAGCCGCAGAGGAGGUGGCGGCUUGUGCUCGGGCCUUCAUAGGAGCUGCAAGGGCGCAGGAGGCAGCUGCAAGGGCGCAGGAGGCAGCUGAAAGGGCACGGGAGGCAGCUGCCAAAGAAAAAGCGGAAGCCAUGCGUCUUAAACAAAUUUUGCUGAAGUUACAAAUUGAAAAGGAAAGGAAAAACAAAUAAUAUACCUAAUAAAAGUAGACAAGGAUGCACAUAGUUCUAUGAUUGUGAAACCUUAGUUGUACUAAUUUAAUUAUGCUUAUGCAGGAAUGAUACAGUGUACAAAUGCACUGGAAAAAGAGAUUAAAAUGAAUGUGUAAAAAAAAUGCAAAAAGAACACUAAUGGAGAAUAAAAAGGCAAUGUGUGAAGAGCUAGGAAGGAAGGUGAGAAAUGACUUUCGGAAUAAUAGGGAGAUGUUCUUGAAGGAAGUGAAGGGAGCAUGAGAAAAGAAUGAAAAGGUGUGUAUGAACUAUGAAUGUAAAGGGUGUGAAUAGGAAUGUAAUUGUAAGUGUAUAAGAAGAUUGAAGGAGUACUAUGAGUGUUUUUAGAGUAUUGACAACAAAGAGAGGAAUGUUAAUUUGCAAAUGUUUACAAAAGGAAUAUGGGUUAUAAUUGAUUGAUAGAUUGAUUACUUUAUUAAUGCAAGUGGAACAUUACCUUGGCAUGUACUUGUCCAGUCGUG